GUGGGCCCACAAAAUCACGUUCGCUCAUUUUGGGCAGGUCUUAUGACCAACGUGCUAGAUAAGAUAAAAAGAUAAAAUAAUUUUUUCAUAUAGGGAUCUACUUGAAAAAAUGGGAUUUGACGUGAAAAGGUUUGAUAUAUAUCGAAAAAUACCCAAAGAUUUAACCCAAGCCACUUAUACUGGAGCAGUUAUUUCAAUAUGUUGUACCAUAUUUAUAACUUAUUUAAUUCUAUCAGAACUUAUAUCUUUUUUAACUGAUGAAAUUGUUAGUGAAAUAUAUGUUGACAAUCCAAUAGACGAUGAAAAAAUUAAAGUUCAGUUGAAUAUGACAUUGCCAAAUAUGCAAUGUGAAUAUGUUGGUUUAGAUAUCAUGGACAACAAAGGUAGACAUGAGGUUGGCUAUAUACAAAACACAAAAAAAUAUCCAGUUAAAAGAGAAAAUGAAGAUGGAUGUCGAUUAGAAUUAACAUUUUCUAUUAAUAAAGUCCCUGGAAAUUUUCACAUAUCCACUCAUGCCAGCCAAGCACCUGUGGAAAAUGUCAACAUGCAACACAUUAUUCAUAUGCUCACUUUUGGUGAUGACUUUCCAUUAAAGGGCACACACACCCAUUCCAAAGCAUUAGUUAACGUCGUGAAAACCGAUGGAGAUUUUGAAUCGCACGAUUAUAUUCUGAAAUUGGUGCCCACUAUUUACCAAACGAAAUCCGGACAAACUUACAAUUCUUAUCAUUAUACGCAAGCCUACAAAAAAUUUAUAUCUAUAGGUCCCACGGGACCUAGUACCCCGGCCAUAUGGUUUAAUUACGAUCUCAAUCCGUUCACCGUCAAAUAUAUCGAAAAAGCAAAACCUUUGUAUCAUUUCAUCACCACCGUUUGCGCGAUCGUGGGAGGCGUAUUUACCGUGGCGGGUCUCAUCGAUUCAUUCAUUUUUUCUACUUCCGAAAUUUUCAGGAAAAUGGAACUCGAUAAAUUAACUUGAUAUUUUUUGAAUAUAAAUAAUCUCCAUUAUAUAAUUUUUUUUCAUUCUUAGAUUUAGAGAAAUAAAACGUGCUCAAUUUUUUAAACGUGAUUGUAAUUUAAAUAAUUCGAUAAAAAUCAAUUAAAAAAUGUAAAUUUUUUUUAAUGUACAGUGUAUAUAUAUUCGUCUGCUAUUAGAGUGUUUUCUAUAUCCACAUUUUUGCAAAAUACAUCUUUUUUUUCCGAUAAAUCAAUUCUUUAGUUAAUGUAUUCUUUCCAUAUCAACCAAAAAAAACAUUUUUUAAAAAAAAAUUAACUUGAAUAUUUAUUCGACGAUAUGAAGCCCGCUUAUAACAGUUACUUUUAUAUUUUCCACCACACGAUUUUUAUUUUGAUUAUUGGGGUUACAAAUUAUAUAGUUUACCCAUAUUUCCCACUUUAAAAAUUUUGGUCCCCCGGUAAAAAGUAAGUGCAUUUGUUGAUAAUGAUUCGUAUGAAUUAAUUUGCUAUGUUAUAGAAUAUUUUAUUUUUUCCUUUGUUUCAACUUUUUUAUAAUAUUCUCGCGGGGUAAUUUCACUUAUUAUAUAAAGGUUAAAUAAUAUAUUUUUUUUUUAUAAUUAUGAUUGUUAGCAAAUCGAUCAAUUGUUGUAUCAAAUUUAUUAUGUGAUUUUUUUUAUAAAAAAGUAGUUUAUUAUUUUGUAAAU